UUUUGACGUUUAGUUAUUACCUAACCUCAAUUUGUCUGUCUGACGUUUACUUAUAAACAUCAACCAAACUUGAUAAAUAAAUCUUACAAAUAAAAUCACUGCAUUUGCAGAACAUGUCAAAUGUAGUUUUACACCAAAAUUUAGAAACGGCGGACGCAAUGAGUUCCACAAACGAAAGCACGCAAAUGCAGUCAAACGCUAACAAACCGGAGCAGGCAUCGAGGCAAACAAACUUACAGCGGAUCCAGCAACGUAAGCAGACGGUCCUGAGUUUCCCUUAUAAUCGCAAAUUGCUGAAACUUGCCAUAUACUCCAAAUGCCAGUGUGACAAAUGCGACUGUAUUGGUUGGAAGAAAACGGAAAAUGCGCUACCUACAACUUCAUUUAAUGAUCCGUGUCGUUGCGAGCAUUCUUUAGAGACCCACAUUUCACACUUACGAAAUAAAUCUGAGGCAGACAUUAAUCGACUACUAGGCAUGGUUGUCGAUGUAGACAACAUAUACACAUCAUUAAAUAGGGAAGAAAAUCCGGACACGAAAAAAGUGUAUAGUUAUCUUUUUAAGUUGCUCCGUAAAUGCAUCUUAACACUCGACAAUCCGGUGGUCGAGGGGCCGUUGGGACAACCUCCCUUUGAGAAGCCGUCUAUUCAUAAGGCGGUCACAAAUUUGGUGAUGUAUAAAUUUUCUCAUCUGCCUCAGCAGGAAUUAAAAACAAUAUACGAAUUGACGAAGAUAUUCUUGCAUUGUUUAAAUACAUGGGACUUUCCCUCGCCGAGCAGUCAAAAGCAGGUGGUCAGUCCCGAAGAGGCGACAGUUUACACUAUUGCAUACACACGGUGGUUGAUCUUUUGUCAUAUACCCGCUUUUUGUGAUUCUCUGCCCCACUAUGAUACUACGCAGGUGUUUGGCCGCCCAUUGCUUCGUGCGGUUUUUAAGUAUGUCUGCAGGCAAAUUAUGGACCAAUUUCAUCAGGAGCGAGAUCGUAUGCCGUUAGAACGCAGGGUGAUGGUGUUAACUCAUUUCCCUCCUUUUCUACAACAACUAGAUGAGGAAAUAUAUGCGGUGAACUCUCCCAUUUGGGAUCCCGAGUUUAAAGUCCCAUCACCGCAUUUACAGGCCCUUCUCGACACAAAAACCAGCACACCAAAACGAGGCGAGUUUGAAAAACUACUCCCCAAUGAUAAGGACAGUUACACCACGAUUACGCUCAGCGCGGGUGCAAAAGUGGAAAGGAAAGGUGAUGGAAUUUAUCGUGAGGCCAAAAAGCGGAAGCUCGCGCCCGAAGAGCAGUUUGAGGAUUUGAGCAGUGAGACUGUUGCGGAAAUUAUUGCGACGAUAAAUGAUCCGAACUACAUGACUGGUCCAGAUGUUGUCUUCUCCGAGAAUGCUCCUGCACGUGAUGAAGCACCAAAGCUGGAGGAAAAGCGCAAAAUCAUCGAAUUUCACGUCGUCGGUAACAGUUUAACUGCGCCCGUUACCAAACAAACCAUGUUGUGGUUGAUCGGAUUGCAAAACGUAUUUUCACACCAACUACCCAGAAUGCCCAAGGAGUACAUCAGCCAACUUCUCUUCGAUCCGAAACACCGUACAAUGGCUCUCAUCAAGGAUAACAGUCCUAUUGGAGGUAUCUGUUUCAGGACCUUUACAACUCAAGGUUUUACCGAGAUCGUAUUUUGUGCGGUUACUUCAAGCGAACAGGUUAAAGGAUAUGGCACUCACAUGAUGAACUAUUUAAAGGAUUACCACGUACGCAAAAAUAUACUCCAUUUCCUCACAUUUGCAGACGAGUUCGCGAUAGGUUACUUCGAAAAACAAGGCUUCUCAAAGGAUAUUAAAUUGUCCCGACCAAUUUAUCAAGGGUACAUCAAGGAUUACGAGGGGGCGACAUUAAUGCACUGUGAGCUUAACCCCAAAAUUGUGUACACAGAAUUUACAUCAGUGGUUCGGCGACAAAAGGAGAUUAUAAAGCAGUUAAUUUACCAGCAACAACGCACUGUUUCGAAGAUACACCCCGGACUAACCAUCUUCAGGGAAGGUUUGAGGAGUAUUCCCGUUGAAUCGAUACCUGGAAUACAAGAGACCGGUUGGAGACCACCAGCGCGAGCUACUCGCGGUGGCCACCAACUUGAAGAAUCUCAAGACGUCGACGUUUUAGCCGGUAUGCUAAAGAUCGUUCUGCAAUCGGUAAAAAGUCACGAGGACUCUUGGCCGUUUCGGCAACCUGUCGAUAAAAUCACAGUUCCCGACUAUUACGAACACAUUAAGUAUCCUAUGGAUUUACGAACUAUGGCGGAAAGGUUAAAGCAGAGGUAUUAUGUCUCGCGCCGACUGUUUAUAGCGGAUAUGACGAGGAUAUUUACAAACUGUCGAAUUUAUAAUUCGCCCGAAACGGAGUAUUAUAAGUGUGCUGUGAAUUUACAGCAGUACUUUCGAACAAAAAUGAAGGAGAUGGGAUUGUGGGAUAAAUAAUUUAGCAUAAAUUUGUAUCUAAUCACCGAUUAUUUAAAUGUAUUAAAAUAAAUUCGUAAGUAUCGA